UCCAGCCACACUUUCUUGGCAAGAAGAAGCACUUGCUUUUUCCUCACUCAAAUUCAGAAAAACCUUUGAUUUUUUCUCGUUUUAUAACUGAAAAUUUGGUUAAUUCGUGUCCAAUCUGCUCGAAAAUGUACCUCUCGCGCCAGUUGAGAUUGCUGCCCAGCGCGAACAUCGCGCGCAGCUUGAGUUCCAGCGGAGCACAUUACACAACAGCAGCGCCGGCGGUGGAUACCCCCAUAGAGAUUCCGAAUCGGAUUGAGCGCUCGCCCACAGACCUGCUCCAGGCCCUGGCCGCCACCGUGGGCAGGGACCACACUGCGCCGCAUUACAAGUACCAUGACGACCCAUUCCUGAUACCCAUGUCCAAUGCGGCAAAGCGAACUUAUGCCCUGUCGAAGGAGUCGGGACGCAAGGCAGCCAAGUGGAUCAAGGAGGAGCACCGCGACCUUUUCAUGCACCAAGAGGCUCAGCCUGCCAUCGAGAAAUUCGCUCCCAGCAUGGUCUACACCGAGGAUUCCCAGGUGGAGGAGAGCUCCCUUCGCCAACUUAUUGCCCAGGGUGAGCUCAAGGACGCUGUCCUGGUCUACAACCUCCUCGAACAAAAGGGAACUGCAAUCAGCCCCGAACUUAAGCAAUGUCUUCUGGAGCUGGUGUGCUUCCACAACAACCAAGAACCUCUGCCGGAAGAAUACAUCGAGGAGCGCUGGUUCAUGCAGAACAACCGGCGCCGUGAGCGUGGCGGCAAGACCUGGAAAGAUGGUGAUCUAGCUGAGAAACUGUACUCGGAAAUUGAGCCAAAGACGCCGCAAUCGUACGCCUCUCUCAUCCGCGGAAUGGCCAAAUACUUGCAGUGCGAGCGGGCCUACGCGUUGCUCCAGGAAGCCGGCGAAAAUCAAAUUCAACUGGACACUAACACCUAUAACUCUAUUAUCCAAAUAGUAAGCUUUUUGAAGGACACGGCCGAGCAGCGUUGGCAACUCUGCACGGAAUUGCUACAGGAAAUGUCGCAGCAGAAGCUAAGGCCCAAUCUGGGCACCCUUAACGCGGUUCUUCAGUGCAUCAGCACCUUCGGCAACUUCAAGCUGGCGCGCACUGCUGCCCUCCAAGUUCUGCCGGAGUUUAAGCAACUAGGAGUGAAUUCUAGCCUGGGCACCUACUACUACCUCCUGAUCAUCUUCUGCCGAGAAAGAGGACCCGUGUCCCACGUUAUUGUUGACAUUCUUAAUGAUAUCGCAGGCAAGGAGUUCAGGAUUCAGCAUCCCAAGGACACAUACUUCUUCGCCACUGCCAUGGACGUGUGUCGCAAUCAUUUGCACGACAAAUCGCUGGCCAAGAAAGUGGACGAGCUGCUACACACGGGCAAGAACUAUGAUUUGAUAGGCGACUCUUUUAAGGAGUCGAUCUACUACCGCAAUUACUUGGCGCUGCUUUGUCAAACCGAGUCGAUUGAUGAAUUUAUGCAGACCUACGAUAUGCUGGUGCCCAACAUCUACAUCCCCGAACCAGGUAUCAUGGAAGAAAUCCUCAGAGCAAUUGAGAUCAAUGGCGGUGUGGAGCAUGUGCCACGCAUCUGGUCUGACAUGGUGGUGUUCGAUCACACGCACCGGGAGAGCCUCUUACUGUGUGUUCUCCGCAUCUUGGUGGACAAUAAGCCAAAUCCAGAUUCCCCCGCGCAGCAACAGCUCCCAGAGCAGGGAGCAAAGGUGGCUCUUGACAUGUACGAUAAGGUAGAGGACUCUAUCAAACGCCUCCGGAAGGUCUCCUUCACCGGUCAAAUGCUGGGAGAUAUUCUCACGCUGCUCGUUCGCGGUGGAAACUACGAAAAGGCCACCGAGGUAUUUGCCCACAUCGACAAAAACCAGCACAGGAUUCCCGGAACGCCCGCCGAAAGUGCUCUGCAAGAGUUCGUGGAGGCCAGUGUCCAUGAGAAGUCUCCCAGUCAGGCGCUGGUCGCUUUGCAAUACGCCGUUGACAACAACAUUGAUUCCAGGGCAUUGGCCAAACGAAUCCACGAAGGUUUUACCCUCAAUGAAACACACCUGUCCAAGCUGAAAUCGCUGGUAGGCGAAAGUUUUCUUGAUAAGUAAUAAAUUCGUUUGUUAAGGAUAUACUUUUUAAUGAUGUAUAGAAAAUUGUUAUGUUGGUUCAAUAAAAACCAAUGACUAAACAGACUCUAAA